AACUAAUAAAAUGUUGCUGACUUUGUCUCAGUGAUGUUUUGAUAGGAGCGGAUCUCCAGUAUUUUUGCCAACGUCAUUGGAACAUUGGAGAGGCUUACAGUACAGUAGGCAGCAGGCCAAAUGGACCCUGUGCAAUGUAAAGGAUAAUUUGUCCUGGGUGCUCUCUGCUUUGCCGAGGUAAACAGCUGCCUCCACAGCCAGGACCAGAAGACUAUGUGGCAGCCCGCUGCGUGAGAACCUAAUCCUAAGACCCGAGGAGUGUAUGAGGACACCGAGCUGUGAUGGCAGAUGAAAUGACUCUGAGAGCUGAUCUGAAAGACAAAGGGAGAGUAAAUACUGCUGAGAAGAGCCCUAGCUGGGUGAGAGGAGAAAGGAUCAAAAGCGAGACUCAAGUCAGCAACUGGAGACUCAGUGUGACUGCAGAAACUGAGCCAGGGGACACCAGUCAGGACACAGAUGCUCAGCAGCCCAGAGAGUGUGACAGCGCCUCUCCCCCUCUGUUCUCUUUGAAAAUGUACCUGAGGAGAUCUUCCUCCACAGCAUCCUCUACCACAGAAUCUCUGUCUCCUUCUCAGCAGAGCAACAUGGGAGUUGACUGUGCAGGAAUGGUCCUGAACUGUCUCUUCUGCCGCUUCUACGACAUGAUCCUCAUGCUGCCUGACUCCUGUGAGAGAGUUGCCAGCAACUGCUGCCCCAGCUACAAACAAGUUGUCACAACAGUGGAGUCAACACCCAGCAGUGAUGAUGACUUUUGCUUUGACUUGGACUGUGGUCUGCUCACUUCCUGUCAUGAUGCAAAUGACUGCCUAGAGCUGGCCAUGGAGGUUUCUGAAUUAUGCUACCAUUAGUAGGACACCCAUACUAAUCACCAAUCACCAUAAGAAACUGGCUGGAAAAUCAAAAAAUCAGACCAUCCCAUGUGAAGUGGAGGAUUUCCAAGGGCUAAACACAAAUAAAUACAAAUAAAGUAACAUUAAAGGUGUUGUAUGAUAGAUUUGUGAUAUUAAAAUGUCAAUAAACAAAUGCAUUAUU